AGGAAGCGGCGGCGUGAGGAAACCAUGGCGGGAGGAAUGAAAGUGGCGGUCUUGCCGGCAGUUGGUCCUAGGCCCUUUUGGGACUGGGGGGCCGGGGGCGGUGGGGCUAUGCGGCUGUUCUUGGUCCUCUUCGUCUUCUUGGUCUGCGGCUCAGCUGGAUUUGAUGUAAAUGUGGUCAUGCUUCAGGAAUCCCAACUUUAUGAUAUGACUACCAGCCAACAAUUCUGUUAUAAAAAUGUGCUUACCCCAAAGUGGCAUGAUAUAUGGACCCGGAUACAGAUCCGGGUAAAUAGUUCUAAAUUGGUCCGAGUCACGCAGGUGGACAAUGAGGAGAAACUGAAGGAGCUGGAGCAGUUUAGUAUCUGGAACUUCUUUUCUUCCUUUUUAAAAGAGAAAUUGAAUGACACCUAUGUUAACGUGGGUCUAUACAGCACAAAAACCUGCCUUAAAGUUGAGAUUAUAGAGAAGGACACCAAGUACAGUGUUAUUGUGACCCGGAGAUUUGACCCAAAACUCUUCCUCAUAUUCCUCCUUGGACUUCUGCUAUUUUUUUGUGGAGACUUGCUGAGCAGGAGUCAAAUUUUCUACUAUUCCACUGGAAUGAGUGUGGGAAUUGUGGCUUCUCUACUAAUCAUCAUUUUUAUACUAUCCAAAUUUGUACCCAAAAAAAGUCCCAUUUACAUCAUCUUGGUGGGAGGCUGGUCCUUUUCUCUGUACCUCAUUCAGCUAGUUUUUAAGAAUUUGCAAGAAAUCUGGAGGUGUUACUGGCAGUAUCUUUUAAGCUACAUCCUCACGGUUGGAUUCAUGAGUUUCGCAGUGUGUUACAAGUAUGGGCCCUUGGAGAACGAAAGAAGUAUCAAUCUUCUGACCUGGACCUUGCAGCUGAUGGGCCUCAGUUUCAUGUAUUCUGGCAUCCAGAUACCUCACAUUGCCCUUGCUCUUAUCGUCAUUUCACUGUGUACUAAGAACCUGGAGUACCCUAUUCAGUGGCUGUACAUCACCUACAGAAAGGUGUGUAAGGCAACAGAAAAGCCUGUUCCCCCUCGUCUCCUGACAGAAGAAGAGUAUCGGCUACAAGGGGAAGUGGAGACCCGAAGGGCUUUAGAGGAGCUCCGAAAAUUUUGUAAUAGUCCAGACUGCUCUCCAUGGAAGACUAUCUCUCGAAUCCAGUCCCCCAAAAGAUUUGCUGACUUCAUAGAAGGCUCUUUCCAUCUAACACCAAAUGAAGUUUCUGUCCACGAGCAGGAGUAUGGAUUAGGGAGCAUUAUUGCCCAGGAUGAUGAACUGUCCUCUGAGGAAGAGGAGAAGGAGGAGGAGGACUCAGGCUCUCCAUGCACUGCUGUCACACAGAACAACUUCCAAUCUUAGGUGGUGCUCAGUUAUUUUCAUAUAGACUGGCUUGGUGCCCCAGUGGUCCAUGUUACAAGUGCCAUGCAAUUCUUCCAUGCCUUUCUAGCAGACUGAAGAUGGUGCAGAAAUUCUCCUAUUGAAAUGAGAGGCCUGAGUAGUUCUCCCUCUGGGAGUGGUCUUUGUGGUCUCCAUGGGAUCCUUGAAGGAGAGUGGAUAAAGUAGUGAGUGCUUUGGCAGUUUGCUUCCUACUGAUUAAGGCUAUCAGCCCACUUUUCUGUUCCUAAAGAAAUUGGAUGGCCACAGCCAGCAUGACAUUCUAGUCUUUGAAAGUUGAUUCAAUCACGGCAUUUCUUUCACUGUGCCUGGCCCUCUGGAGUGAGAAUUGUAGUGCAAUAAUGCUUUCAGACCAUCAGCUGCAUCUGUCAGACAUUCUCUCAUCUGAGCUCCCGUCACUUCCACUGAAACAAGUGACUGUAGAAUGCUCCCCGAUUUAAUUAUUUUGACAGGAAAUGGAUUUUUGUCUGCCUUGUUUUUUAAAUAUAUGAAAUAUAUUUAAAUAUAUUUUUGAAGUGUAACAAACUCAUGUUCCAAAACCAGCAAGUGGUCCUGAGUGAUAAACCCUGUUGGCCACUAGGUAUUUAUUAAUAUGGAUCCAUUAAAGCCCCAGGAGCUGUUGUGUUGAACUUUUAAUUCAUUUUCACGUAUGAUUUUCUGAGUCCUGCUUGAUUUUAGAAACAUGCUUCCAGCCUCAUACUUGUAGGUCAACUCUUGGACUUUUUAUUAUAUUCAACAUUUAAUUUUAAGAAACAUAUUUUCCUCUUCCCAUUCCUUGCCACUGUUUUCUCCUUCAGGAAGGGUCUAUUCCCUCACCUGUGGAAUGUUCACAUAAUCCACAGCAUCUCUCUUUCUGUGUCCUGUCUCUCUCUCUCUCUCUCUCUCUUUCUUGCUUUCAUUCUCCAGAACAGGGCAGCUGUUCUGUGUAGCCCAAGAUAGCUUCAAAUCAAGAUCCUCUUGGUUCACCCUCCCUAGUACUGUGAUUACAGCCACGGGCCAUUGUGAUAGUUCUUUGUCUCAUUUCUUACCUUCCUUCUCAUUAGUUUUUAGUAUUAUUCCUGGUCACUAGGAGAAAUGAUCUUGUAUACCCUAAUUUUUUUUCUGUUACCAGGUCACAUCUUUGAGUUGCUAUGGAUUCAAGAAACUAUUUCCUUUCCCUUUGUAUUCUCAUUCCAGUCAUUCCUUUUUACCUUCCCUUACCACUUAUGUUUUCCCAUGUCUAGCUUAUUUUUAAGCCCUGAAACUGCCUAUGAAGUUUCUCUUUUCUCCUCUUAUCUGAAAUGGUCUCAUGUGGUUCAGGCUGGUCUUGAAUUUAAGAUCCCCUCUGUCUCAGUUUCCCUAGUGCUGUGAUUACAGGCAUAUACUACCACACCUGGCUUGAAGUUUCUUUGUUAUGCUUUUUUCUUUUUUGGUACUGGGGAUUGAAUGAAGUUUCUUGAUAUACAUUUUGUGCUAGAUAGUUUUCACCAUUUGCAUUGCUGACAAAAUAGCCCUCUGGGUUAUCUUCAUGCGUCUGAAUGCUCAUUCAACCAUCAGAAUCAAACACAUUUUUCCCUUAAUUUACUAUACUUACUUGCAGUUCUACUUCUGACCAGAGAUUCAUGCUUCCUUUUA